AUGUGUGACCAGCAAAAGCAGCCACAGUUCCUUCCAUCUUCUUGUGUGAAGGGUUCGGGAUUGGGAGCGGGGCAAGGUAGCAGCGGUGCCUCUGGAGAAGGACUUGCUCCCAGCCAGCCUCAAACUAUUGUGAGAUAUGUAACUCCGGUUCCUGCUCAAACUUUCGUGAAGUACCAAGUUCCAUGCCAGAUGAAAACCUACGUGAAAUGCCCAGCUCCCUGCCAAACAUACGUGAAAUGCCCCGCUCCAUGCCAGACAACCAGUGUCAAGUGCCCAGCUCCAUGCCAGAAGACCAGUGUCAAAUGCCCAGCUCCCUGCCAGGCUCAGACAUAUUACGUCCAAUAUCAGGUUCCUUACCAGACCUACUACACUCAGGCUUCUUCAAGUGGUUCAGCAUCUCAGGGCGGUAUCGGUGUCCCUGACCCAUGCUCCGCCCCCUGCUCUACCAGCUACUGCUGCUUGGCUCCCAGAACCUUUGGGGUGAGUCCUCUGAGACGCUGGGUCCAGCGGCCCCAAGGAUGGAACACAGGAUCUGGCUGCUGUGAGACUUCUGGGUGCUGCAGCUCUGGAGGCUGUGGCUCUGGAGGUUGCGGCUGUGGCUGUGGCUGUGGCUCAGGGUGCUGCUGUUUGGGAAUUAUUCCCAUGCGGUCCCGAGGUCCUGCAUGCUGUGACAGCGGGGAUGAUUGCUGCUGUUAA